AUGUUUUCCGAAGAAACCCCAAACUCCAACAUCUCAAUCAAACAAGAAUCAAAUGAGCGACCAAACUCACCAAACACACCAGAAAAACCUGUAAUUGCACAAUUACAGGCCACAGGAAAGCAGAAAAUUAAGAAUGAAACUAGCUGGACUAACAGCUCUAGAAGUUAUGUGUGCGAUGAAGGGAAAUCAAUCAAUGGAUGCAUCCAUACAUGUGAUAAUUACCAACAGAUGAAGGACUGUGCUGUGGCCCAUGAGCAGAUUGUCGGUGUUCCAGCUGGUGACAAGAUGAAGGACUGUGCUCUGGCCGAUGAGCUAAUUGUUGGUGUCCCCGCUGGUGACCAGGCCUAUCAUGAAAACAUCAAAACUGAGCAUGAGGACUCAUAUGCUGAAAUACAGUGUAAUGUUUGCCACAAUAUGUCUAAUCAGACUCUUCUAUUGCAAUGUGAUUUAUGUGACUCUUCUUCACAUACAUACUGUGUUGGUUUGGGUGACACUGUACCUGAGGAUGACUGGAUUUGUCAAAACUGUACUGAGCAUGCCGAGGAUGAGCAGGAUCUCAAAGCUGUUGGUCUAAGUGGCAUUGAUUCCCAUUCUGGAAGUAAAAAUAGAUGCCAUCAAAAUGUUUCAUCAACUGAAGCCAAUUUAUCUAUUCAUGAUAUUGUCAGAGAAUCAGGUCCUUAUAAUGUUGAGAGAUCCUUACCAAAUCAAAGUCGUUCGCCACUAACUAAUGCUGGUGAUGAUAGAACGGUCCUCAUCAGUUGUCGGAAUAGGGAUAGUCGAACACGUGCAUUGCGUGAAAAUUGGGAUAAAAUCAGACAGGGAUCCUUGAGCUUUUCUUCAUCUGCAACGAAAUCAUCCACCUCCGACAUCAUACCUGAUCAAGCCACACAAGAUAUUAAAAAAGGAAGAUGA